AUGGACAAGCAAGGCAUUGAAACUACAGAGUUCACCGAACAGAAACGAGAUCUUCACGGCUAUGAUGAUUCUGAAGGCUAUCUUGCUGAAGUCAAUACCCAUGAAGCACAAACUCAUCCUGUCAAAACCACAAAAGAUGGUCAUGUUGUGCUGAUUCCUCAGCCUUCUGACUCGCCUCAAGACACUCUGAACUGGAGCAAGGUCAAGAAGCACGUCGUAUUGUUGGUAGUCAGCUUCGCUGCUUUGCUACCAGACUAUGGCAGCGCAACAGGUGCUGUGACUUUGAUUCCUCAGGCUGCCGAUUGGCAUAUGAGCCCAGAUACUGUCAAUCAUUCACAGGUCGGCAAUGUGUUCAUGCUUGGUGCAGGCGGCGUCUUUGUCGUUGCCUUAUCUGCUUGGGCAGGCAGACUGCCUGUAUUGUUCUACUUCCUCGUCCUUGCUACUGCGACUGCAGCAUGGUGUGCAGCAGCAACUACCUUUGAGAGCUUUAUGGCCGCCCGCAUCCUGAACGGCUUCUUCAGUACCGUUGCUCAAGGUGGCGGUCUCAUGUUCAUCUUCGACAUGUUCUUCUUUCACGAGAGAGCACGAAAGAUCAACAUCUGGGCCGCGUUCAUCAUCCUAUCACCAUAUUUGGGUCCCAUGCUCACAGCUUUCAUCAUAACGACACAAAAGUGGCCCAUCGCUUUCUGGGUGUACUUUGUCAUGACCGCAUUGGCCCUUAUCUGUACCUGUUUAUUUGUGGAAGAGACUUUCUACGACCGCCGCAUAGCUCCCUCUGACCAGCCACCCAAAGGCACACGUCUCCAGCAGAUCUUGGGCAUCUCGCAAUACCGCUCACGUCAUCUCCGCAACUCGUUCGGUCAAGCCUGCUCACGACCAGUCCGGGUCCUCAUCAAACCCACAGUUUUCUUGUCGGUUGUAUACUACACUUUGACCUUUGCCUGGGUUGUCGGCAUCAACACAACCCUCUCAAUCUUCUUGACUCCACUCUACAAAUUCGGACCGUUGCAGAUUGGAUAUUUCUACUUUACACCCGUUGUCGCAGCUCUGAUCGGAGAAGUCGCUGGCCAUUGGUUCCAUGACUGGAUAGCAAAGAGUUACAUCCACUCCCAUAAUGGCCAUUUCGAACCCGAAGUCAGGCUUCGUGCCAUCUGGCUCAGCACACCUUUUAUGAUUGCAGGGCUAAUUGGCCUUGGGUUUUCUCUUGAGGAUGGCUAUCACUACAUGGUGACUGCAGUGUUUUGGGGUUUGUAUGUGUUUGGUAUCAUGAUCAGCACUGUCGCACUUAAUGCAUACAACCUUGACAGCUAUCCCGAAGCAUCUGGUGAAGUGGCUGCAUGGCUCAAUUUCGCAAGAACCCUUGGUGGAUUCAUCGUCAGUUACUUCCAAGUUACCUGGGCUCAUGCUGUCGGUGCAAAAGCAAGUUUCGGCACCCAGGCUGCUAUAGUCUUCUUUGCGUUUGGCUUCAUCGUUACACUACAGUUCAUUGGCAAGCGGUUGAGGAUGAAGUCUGGAGCACUACACUUUCCCACCUCUUAA